AUGGCUACCCCCAAGACAUUGACUGAGCUCUCCGCCCUAAUCCACGAACAUACAACAAAGGUAGAAGCGUAUUACACCACGCACAACCUCCCCGCUCCAUCUUUCCACCCUUCCACGCCUCUGAAAACGGUUCUCCCUAGCGAUAUCGAGACGUCGCGACAAAUCGUACUGGAAGCUAUGGAUGAGCUCACAGCUCUAAUGCUCGGGCCAGUGGAAUGUCUGAUUCCACCUCCCAAUGCAUGGAUUUGCGUUACAGCACUUCAAAGAUUUGGUAUUGCGAAAUCUUUCCCGAUCACGGAGUCCUCUACAUUUGGCGAAAUUGCCCAGAAGUGUUCGAUCUCGGAAUCUGAUACUCGCCGCAUCGUACGCCAGGCAAUUGCGUUUUAUAUCUUCACGGAACCAUCACCAGGCGUGAUUGCCCAUACCGCGGCGUCGAAAGCACUGGCUCAACUCCCGGCUGUGGGGGCGUUUAUUGAUUUUAUUGCCGGGGAGAUGCUACCAGCAUCUACUCGGUUGGUUGACGCUAUGCAAAAGUGGCCUGGCUCGGAAGAACCAAACGAAGCUGGUUUUGCGCUGUCUGAAGGGACGGAUUUUGCCAUGAUGGAGGUCGUGACUCGAGAUCCAAAGCGAGCGCAAUGCAUUGGUACCGCGAUGACCUUCUUGCACAGUCGCCCCGAGUACGAUGUUAAAUACCUGCUCGAUACUUUUCCCUGGGAUAAUGCCGCGAGGGGCGUUUUGGUAGAUGUUGGGGGAGCUAAAGGAGACGUCGCCGUUGAUAUUUGCAGAGCUUUGCCGGAUGUCAAGUGUGUCGUGCUUGAUAAACCGGAGGUCAUAUCUGGCGCCGUCGUGCCGGACGAUGUAGCUGGAAGAAUCGAGUUCCGGGGCCAUGAUUUCUUUGAAAAAUGUGAUGUGAGAGCGGAUGUGUAUUUGUUGAGACAUGUGUUACAUGAUUGGAGUGAUAAGUAUGCUGCGAAGAUCCUGGGGAAUUUGGUGCCGAGUCUUAGGACGGGGGCGAGGAUUUGCGUGAUGGACAUGUGUUUGCCUGCGCCGGGGAGCGUGUCGCCGUUUAGGGGGAGGGUUGCGAGAAACUCGGUUCUUUAUAUGAAAGGGAUUCAGAAUGCGAAGGAGAGGGAUGAGGAGGAUUUUCGACAACUUUUCGAGUCUGUGGACUCGAGAUUCCGAUUCGAUGAGGUGAUAAAGCCGGAGGGAAGUGCGCUGGCACUGAUUUGUGUGACCUGGAUGGGUGAGAAUGGGGUUUGA